AUGGCGUCGGACCAAGCCAAUUUUCACAAUCUAUUAGACAGUGCCAAAGACCUGGUUGAAAACUUAAAAGAUCAAGAUGAAACGAUAACAACGAUAUCCAAGGAAGUUACUCUACUGGAUGCCAACUUACAGUCUUAUAAUAAGCAUCGAGAGAAUAUCCAAGUAAUUAAUGAAAUUGCUAAACGAAGACCACGAGAUACAACCAUACUGAAUAGUCUAAAGGAUAGCGAACGAUUGAAGGCGUUAGAGCGCGAAAAUGCUGAACUUCACGAAGCGUUAAUCGAUCAUCAAUUAGCCUUGGAAUUAAUCAUGAGCAAAUAUCGACAACAGGUAAUAUCGACAUGCCCAAUAAUGGAUAUAAUUAAAAGAAAGAGUGAAAAGAUUCACGAAAUGGCAACUGUGAUACAAAAGGCUGCUGCCGUCGAUGAUGAAGCUGCAAAUAGAGAAUACGAAACUAUUGCUAGAUUACGUUAUGAGAAUGCAAAUUUGAAAGAACUAUUGAAAAUUGCAAACAAUUCUUGCUUGAGUACACAGUAA